AUGGAGCAGGAGAUUUUUGUUAAAACUUUAAGCAAAAGGUCUAUUUCCAAAUUGAAGGUGAAAACUAAUGAUACUAUUAUGAAGAUCAAGAAUAGAGUGGUUAAUGAGCUAACUCCAGCCAAUAAACAAGAAUAUAUGAUAUUUUUCAAUAAUGAAUACAAACCUCUAAGUUCUAUAGAAAAACUUGAAGAUGCAAAGUUUGCUGGAACAGAUAAAUCUCAUUUGUGCACUCUAAUAUUGACGGAGGGAGAUUCUGCUAAAGAAUUUGUUAUGAGUGGAUUGUCUUCAAUAAUCAAUAGUGAAGACAUCUAUGGCGUAUUUCCACUAAAAGGAAAGAUUCCAAACGUGCGUGGAAGGUGGUUUAAGCUGAAUGACAUGAUAAACAAUGAAGAAAUUCAAAGUUUCGUUACUAUUUUAGGACUAAGAAAAAAAGAGGACAAUAAUUAUAAAUUUGGCUCUGGUUCUUUGAGAUACGGUCAAGUUAUGAUAAUUAGUGAUCCGAUUUCUAAAUCUGGAACAAAACAAUCAUUUUACUUUCAUCAAGAAUAUGAAUCAUGGAAAAAAACGUGCAAAGAUCCAUCUAGUUGGGAGAUAAGUUACUAUAAGGGGUUGAGUACAAACACUCCCGAGGAAGCAUUGGAGUACUUUCAAAACAUUGAAGAUUAUAAAAAAUAUUUUAUUUGGAAAAAUGAAGAUGACCAUGCUAUUGAUAUACCAUUUGAUCCUAAAAAUAUAUCGGGUAGAAAAGAAUGGAUAAGGAGUUUUAAGCCUGAGAAUCCUAAGAGAUACCUAAAAACGAAAACUCCAAGUUAUGCAGAAUUCAUCCAUUCAGAAUUAAUAUUGUAUUCAAUAGAUAAUAUUCAAAGGAAGAUUCCAUCAUUAGUUGAUGGCCUUAACAAAGUUCAGAGAAAGAUUCUUUUUUCGUUGUUACAACGUGAAGAAAUGAAGCUAGAUUAUGUGAAUAGUAAUAACAUAAAUCUUCUCUUACCAUUGGGUCAUUUUGGUAGUUCUAAAUUGCGAGGCAAAGAUCAUGCAGCUUAUAGAUACACACGCACUCAACUUAAUAGUAUUACUAGAUACAUCUUCCUUAAAGAUGAUGAUAUGUUUCUUGAUUACUUAAAUGAAGACGGAGAAUCGGUUGAACCAUAUUGCUACAGACCCAUAAUACCCAUUAUUCUCGUCAAUGGAUGUGUAGCAUUGAGUGUAGGUUGGUCUUCAUAUGUUCCAAAGUAUCAUCCAAGGGAUAUUAUUGAAAAUAUUAAAAGUUGGCUGAAGGAUAGAACAAUUUCAGAAAUGACUCCAUGGUACAAAGGAUUUAAUGGAGCCAUUAUAAAGGAUAAUAGUAACAAUACUGAAAAUAAUAGUAACAAUACUAAAAAGACAUCUUUCUUGGUGAGUGGCAAAGUGAUUAUAACAGGUUCAAAUGACUUUCUAAUAAAAGAUAUUCCUUUCACUCGGUGGUCUACAAAAGAUUACAAGAAUUUUCUUACAUCUCUAACUAAAGGACCUCUUGGAAAAACACCUCGCAUCAAGAGAGAAAAAGUAGCCAAACUUGAGCGUGAUAAAAAGAGUCUCUACUAUAAAAUCGUGUUUAUAGAAUUGUUGAAUAUGAAGAAAAACUCUCCAUUGACAACUUUUAUGAAGAAAAAUGAAUUGCUCUCGAUAUUCAAGAAAAAGUUAUCAGAAAAGAAAGAGCAGGGAGAACAUACUUAUCAGGAAGAACAUAAUCAUGAUGAUGUAUACAAUUUUGUUAAAUCCAUGCCUAUUGGCACCUUGUUUGAUGAUGAUGAUGACAGUUUGAAGAAUAUGAAAGACGAAUUGAAAAGAAUGACAGAGGAAAUUGAAAUUUUAGAGUAUACAACACCAGAAACUUUGUGGCUCAAUGAUCUAGAACAUUUUGAAUCUAUUGCAAAGAACCUACUGCCUGAGGUGUAUACUCCUCGUGGCAAUGAAGAUUGA